CAGAGUGAGAAUCUCGGUGAGAUGAAAGUAGGCGAUAACAGCUGUGCUCUGUACCUGUGGGAGGAGUGUGUGCACUUGCGGACACAAUCAUAGAGCUGCUAUGAUUGCAGCUUUUUUUUGCCCCAACUGGACGCACAAGCGGAUACUUGAGCCAUGGAUGCAGAGGUGAAAGGCCCCGGGGACCAGGGAGCGCAGCUGCUGGACAUCAGCUCCAACUCUCCCCCUUCUGAGCCCAAAGGUGCGGAGGAACCCGGUCAGCUGGAGAAGCCUCCGUAUUCCUACGUGGCUCUCAUUGCCAUGGCCAUUAAGGACAGCCACGACAAGAGACAAACCCUGAGCGGGAUUUAUAACUUCAUCAUCUCCAAGUUCCCCUACUAUGAGAAGAAUAAAAAAGGGUGGCAAAAUAGUAUUAGACACAAUUUGUCCCUCAACGAGUGCUUCGUCAAGGUGCGCAGGGAGGGCGUAGGGGACAGGAAGGGCAACUACUGGAUGCUGGACCCCGCCUUUGAGGACAUGUUUGAGAGGGGAAACUACCGGCGGCGGAGGAGGGUGAGGAGACCCUACAGACCCCCGAGCGUGCCUUACCUGACCGGGAACCCCGUGGAAUAUCCCGAGCCGCUGUACCUGCAGCCUUACGUGAGCAGCUCCUGGGGUCUGUGCCAACCCAGCUCGUCCCAGCCGACCGGAUACCCAACAACCCAGGUGAGCAGCAGCAGUGGACUCACACGCAGCUUAUCCCCCAGCGGCCCCAUGAGUUCAUACUGUCCUCCCUCCCACUUCCACCACCCUCCGUAUGGCGCUUACCACCGCCACCUGCCCGUGCUGGUCCCCCACAACGGGUGUCCCUACGGCGGAGUGACCCAGCCGAUGAGCCCUGACGGAGGCACCGUUUCGGUGCCAUGCAACUACCAGCAGUUCACCUCUUAUGCCAGGCAAGCGGAGGGACAGCUUUCUCAUCCAUUUGACCAGUAGGGUUUUGAUUUUUUUCCAACCAUGGACAGCCAGUUCAUAGACUCAAAGUUCCUCUGUUUCACCAUUUCAGUUCGGCUGUCACUCGUUUGUCAGGUUAAGUUAGGCCUAAUGGUUUGGAUGUUCGACAAGGUGUAAAUUUGUUGAAGCUGUUUUAGGCUAACUUUAUUUUUCUUACUGUCAGAACUCUUUGCAUUUUAGGAUCAGGUGUGAACUUCAGGAGGACAGUCGAUUUAUGUCAGAGGCUCAGUUUAUGCCUUAUUGUUCAACCAAAUAAACGAGGCUCAGUUUAUGCCUUAUUGUUCAUAUUCUGUUUAUUAUUUUAUUUUAUGAUUUUGAAUAGGCCUGUAGCCUACAUGUGUAGCUAUGUUAUUUAUUUCUUUUCUCUGCCUUUGUCCAAUUCUCCGAGCUGCUAUGCAACAGCUGGUGACUCUGAAGCACUGAUCAGUUUUCUUAUCGAUUAAGAAUGUUUACUUGAUGUAAAAUACAUCAUGUUUGUUAAAAUAAAAUGUUAUUUUUGCAUUUUAUGA